CUCUUCUGUUGGAGAAAAAAUUGCUGGAAUAGUCGGCAUUUGCUAUACUUCAGGAGAAAACAACAAUUUCCCACCAUUACUUCGCCCCCCAAGCACUGCAAAUAUAAAAUGACGCCUUAAAUUUUACUUUUUCACUCAGAAAAAGAAAAAAAAAGGAAUACCUUUUUACUGUUCUCUCUGUAGUUUGAGGAAUUCAAGAAUCAUCUUUGUUGGCGAAGAAAAGUUCGUUGCAAUGGCAGAAGCGAGUGGAAGCAGGUGGUCGUUCAAAUUCAAUGCGGGUGCGCCCGAAUUCGUGCCGAGAUCGCAGGCCCAGACCCAAUUACCCGUUACCAGCUAUUUGUAUCCGUAUGUCCCGUAUGUGGAUGGGAUAAGCUGUGGAAGUUGGAUUUAUGUUGCUGAUCAAGAAACCACAUUCCCUGUAGUUGACCCCAACCUUGCUUCUGAUGACAAUGAUGAUGAGCUUAAUCAAAUAAUCAUCAAACAGGCAGAAUACAUGUUCAGUGACAUGAGCAUCCUGGCAAAUGACUCCUUUGCUGAAUAUGUGAACAAAGAACAUCAAGGCUUUGUUCCAAUGGACUUUGUUUCAACUGCAAACAAACUCAACUCACUCAAUGUUGAUACUCAAACGGUGGCACGAGCGUUGCGCUCAUCGGCCUCCUCUCCUGGCCUGGUUGUAAGUGACAAUGGCAAGAAGGUGAGACGCAAACAGGCUUUAACGGAUAAAGAAAAAGAGGACAUACAGUUGCGCACCGUUGUAGUCGAAAAUCUGCCUGAUGAUCACUCCCAUGAAAACAUCGAGAAACUGUUUAGUGUGGUUGGAAGUAUCAAGUCAAUCCGAAUAUGCCAACCACAGGAAUCAAAUACUUGUCGUUCUUCCAAAGGUGAUUUAGUUAUCAGUAAUAAGCUUCAUGCAUUGGUAGAGUAUGAGAACUCUGAAGCAGCAGAAAAAGCGGCCGAGAAAUUAAACGACGAAAGAAACUGGAGAAAAGGGAUGCGUGUGAGGGUCAUGCUCAAGCGUUCGGUUAAUGUGCAGCCCAAGUCUGUUCUAAGGAGCAGGAAGUCGGAUUUUGAUAUGUACUCAGACGAUGAUCAAGGACCAUCUCAUGAAGACGCGUCACGGGCCAACUCCUUAAAACCAGCUGAGGCGGGUGAAAAUCCAGUCGGUUUGAAGAGAAGCUGGUCUAGAAACCGAGGGAAACCUAGGCAUAGUGUGGCUAUUCCAUGUGCAGUCUCGAGCAACUGUCCGGCAGCUGGAAAACCGACGGCGAAAGGGCCAAGAAUGCCUGAUGGAACCAGAGGUUUCUCUAUGGGCAGGGGGAAGCCACUCUGCGUCCCUGUUUAGUGCGAUGAAAAACGUUGGAGGGGAUAUAUCAGUCUUUUCUCUCUAUAAACAUAAGUAGAACGGGAUUAUUUGUGUUAACGAACUUGGACAGGGAAUAUAGGAGAUUCUUAGGAGGUUUUGGGACCUCAAAUCCUGCAGUCAUAACCACCCAUGUAUACUAUUAUGGGAUUUGGAGUCCAGUACAUACUAAGAAAGUUGCAGGGAUUGAGAUGCCGUGAUCGUGUCUGAAUCAUGAUUAUCCUGCCUUAGGGUCGCGUUUUGUUUCAUAGUUGUAACUACUCAAGGACGUGCUUGGCACUGUUGAUUAACUACCUAGAGAAUUACUAAACACCUUCAUUGUAUGUCGAAUCCUUAUGCCAAAAGGCGGUUUUUGCAAAAA